AUGGACAUGUCAAACUCGAGACGGCGAGUAUCAAAGAAGCAUCAUGAGUGCAAAAGCGAGGUGACAUCUCGUACGAUUAACGAGGCUGAUUUCUCAUCGUCACCAUGGGUCACAACCCCGGAUCCCGCAGGAAUUUUCGAGCUGAUUGAGGUUGUUGGUAAUGGAACAUACGGUCAAGUAUACAAGGGUCGUCAUGUGAAAACAGCACAGCUGGCUGCCAUUAAGAUCAUGAACAUCAACGAGGACGAAGAGGAAGAGAUUAAGCUCGAAAUAAAUAUGUUAAAAAAGUACUCCUAUCAUCGCAACAUUGCCACGUACUACGGUGCCUUCAUUAAAAAACUUCCUUCGUCGACGGGGAAGCACGAUCAAUUAUGGCUGGUUAUGGAGUUUUGUGGAAGUGGAUCAGUCACAGAUCUUGUAAAAAGCAGCAAAGCCUCUUCAAUCAAGGAGGAUUGGAUCGCCUACAUAUGCAGGGAAAUUCUUAGAGGUCUUUACCACCUUCAUCAAAAUAAAGUUAUUCAUCGGGACAUAAAAGGACAGAAUGUUCUCCUGACGGACAGCGCAGAGGUGAAACUAGUGGACUUUGGCGUUUCUGCUCAACUGGACAAAACGGUUGGAAGGAGAAAUACGUUCAUUGGAACUCCUUACUGGAUGGCUCCGGAAGUGAUUGCUUGCGACGAAAACCCUGAGGCGACAUAUGAUUCACGAUCUGAUCUUUGGUCACUUGGUAUAACCUCGUUAGAGAUGGCAGAAGGACACCCGCCUCUUUGCGACAUGCAUCCUAUGCGCGCCCUUUUUCUAAUACCUCGCAAUCCUCCUCCGAGGUUGAAACGCACGAAGAAGUGGACAAAGAAGUUUGAGUCAUUCAUCGAAACGGUGCUUAUAAAAGAUUACCAACAACGGCCGUAUACGGACCAACUCCUUCGACAUCCAUUUAUUAGAGAUCAACCACCCGAACGAAGCAUAAGGAUCGCCAUCAAGGACCAUAUUGAUAGACAUCAUGAAACCGAGUACGAAUAUUCAGGCAGUGACGAGGAUGAACCAAACCCCUUGAAGCCAAUCACCCAUCGCGACGAUUCAGAAGCUGCGUCUAUGAUACCAGCGGAUAACACUCUGCGCAAAGGAUUCCAACGUAUCCAAGAAGCUAGUCGAGGGGCAUUCGAACAUGCUGGCGCUCAGCAGUUGAAGAGGAUAGUGCCAAACCAUGACCGACCGCCUACUGCAAGUCCUCAUCACAACGUGUACAGGUAUUGCGCGGAUGGGCGUGAUCGCGAGGAGCAGGUCAAAAUGCGUGCGCAAGCAGCAGUUACCCGGCCUAUAGUAGGUGAUGUUCGACGGGAUGCUGAAAGGCGACAACGACCAGUUAGUCAUCAUCAGAGGUCUCCGCAGCAGUCGCAUCCUGCUGCACCUCAUCUUGCGGACGUUGCCAACUACGGCCGAAGACAGUCUGAGCGUGAAGAACGGAAGGAGAGAGACAGAAGUGUCACGAAAGGACGCAUAGGAGGCCACCGGGGUGCGAUGCCAGUAGCUCGCGUUGCAGCCAGUGUUAUGGCUGCUCCUUUACGCAAGCUUAGUGAACCUGUGUUACACCAGCAACAGUCGAGACCUGAGGACUUGGAUGUAUUGGCUUGCGAACUCUCGCAAAUGGGUCUUUCUACGGGUAAUUGUGGCGGUGUUUCACCUCCUCCUCCUGCUCCACCUCCACGUGAUGCGUCCAUUGCCAGUGUGACCGAUGGCGAUGACGAUUCGAUUGGAGGAACAUUGCGUGGUCCGAAUAAACCUCUUCCUCCAACACCAACAGGAAGUUCUCCUCCGAUGGAUCUCUGUGCUCAAGACACACUUUUGCAAGCAAAGAGAAACAGUAACGCUUCAUCUCGACCAACCAUGGUAAAGGCGGCAAGUAUGCCAGAUCAAACAUCCGCAACUGCUUCCCCUGAAUUUGGACUAGGAGAGAGUUCGUCUGAUACCGAGGAUGAUGUUCAUGAACUUCGCGCUUCUGUACGUCGAGCAUCUGGACAGAACCCACUUGUGCCAGUCGUGAAUUCAUCAUUACGUGGCGGAGGUCCACUGGCGUUACCGGAUUUGUUGCCAAAACCGCGUGAACUGAACAAAAUGGAUAACCAAAGAAUAGGCGACGAUUCAGUUGAAGAAUUGCCCGGAAAUGCAAGUGCCUGCGCAAAUGGUUCGAAGAUCUCUCUUCAUCAACAGCCGCUUUCCUCUAGAGAUCGAGAAAAAUCGUUCGUUGGUUUCUUUGGAACUGGAACUCUAGGAACAGGAACUGUGAAUCGCCCUGGUAGAACACAAGAUGCCAGCCAGGUUCAGGUUAACGUCAAUCCGAGCUCGCAAAAUGGAGCACAUCUUGAAUCGGACGCACCUGAGAUCAGGAAGUACAAGAAGAAGUUUAGCGGUGAAAUUUUGUGUGCAGCACUGUGGGGUGUGAAUCUGCUAAUAGGUACUGAUGGAGGACUCAUGCUCCUGGAUCGAAGUGGUCAAGGAAAAGUUUACCAACUGAUAAGCCGAAGACGGUUCGAACAAAUGACUGUGCUUGAAGGGCAGAAUAUACUUAUCACGAUUUCCGGACGAAAACGAAGAAUCAGAGUUUAUUAUUUGAGCUGGCUCAAACAAAAAAUCCUGAGGACGGAGGUUAGCUGCCCUUUUUUUAUUCGUUUUUCUUUGAGGGUGCAAUUCGUAGAUCUUCUUUCGGCACCGCUAUACGCUAUUAUGAGUAGUGUUCGACUGUGCUGGUGCAGCACUAUAUGUUUCGCCGUUAAGUCUUUUAAAUCGCUCAGAGGGGGAUGCAAGAAUUGCAUCUCAGAGCAUCUGUGGUUCUGUUCACUGUGCUUACUUAAAGGUUCAGGGAUCCGCUUCUGGUGCGCCAGCAGAAAAACGAAAUGGUUGGGUGAACGUCGGCGAUCUGUCAGGGGAGCUAUUCAUUUCAAAAUCGUUCGCUAUGAGCGAAUAAAGUUCCUUGUGGUAGGCUUGGAGAAUAGCAUUGAAAUAUACGCAUGGGCUCCGAAACCCUACCAUAAGUUUAUGAGUUUCAAGUCUUUCGGAUCAUUAUCUCACUUACCACUCAUUGUCGAUUUGACGGUAGAGGAGAAUGCUCGUCUCAAAGUUCUUUACGGAUCUCACGAAGGGUUCCAUGCCAUUGACCUCGACUCUGCUGCCAUAUACGAUAUUUAUACUCCUCCCAAUCCACAGCAGAAUAUGAUUCCUCAUUGCAUCGUAGUUCUGCCAAAUAGCAAUGGAAUGCAGUUGCUGCUCUGCUAUGACAAUGAAGGUGUGUAUGUAAAUACGUAUGGAAAAAUGUCAAAGAAUGUGGUGCUACAGUGGGGCGAGAUGCCCAGUAGUGUCGCUUAUAUCUCAACUGGACAAAUUAUGGGUUGGGGAAAUAAGGCUAUCGAAAUUCGUUCCGUUGACACUGGCCACCUGGACGGUGUUUUCAUGCAUAAGAAAGCUCAGAAACUGAAGUUCCUUUGUGAGCGCAAUGAUAAGGUAUUUUUCUCGUCGGCAAAAGGUGGCGGAUCUUGCCAGAUUUACUUUAUGACCCUGAAUAAGCCGGGUCUUUCGAACUGGUAG